AUGGGGUCGUCGUUCAAAUUGGAGUGGGGGCCGGCGAUCUGCAUGGUGCUGAUCGAGCUGUUCACGACGGGGCAGAUGCUGCUCACCAAGGUUGUCGUCGACGCCGGCCUCUUCGUCUUCGCCCUCCUCACCUAUCGUUUCUUCCUCGGCGCCGCGCUGGUCGUCCCUUUGGCCAUGAUCUUCGAGCGAUUCACAAUUCCUGGUUUGUACUACAUUGGCCUUGGAGACACAUCACCAGGAUACGCAAUUAACUUCUAUAACAUCAUUCCGAUCGCCACAUUCAUCCUCGCGGUCCUUUGCAGAAAGGAACCAUUGAACAUGAGGACCCUGGUGGGGAACAUUAAGGUGGCCGGAACCCUAGUGUGCGUAGGAGGCACACUGGUGAUCAGCCUGUACAAGGGCAAGGUGCUGCACCUCUGGCCGACCAACAUCAUCGGCUACUACCCGAAGGCAGACGGAAGCAAAAUUGGGCACCACCAUGUCCGUGGAACCGUCUUGCUCAUCACCAGCUGCCUCAGCCUUGCCGUGUGGUACACAGUGCAGGCGAUACUCAAUACUGCUGCCAAGUUUGUGAUGAUUUCGUGGGUCGUCACGAAGCGCGGUCCCACCUACCCAUCCAUGUUUUGUGCCGUGUCAGUGUUCUUCACUACAGUUCUUGACUCGCUGCUUCUCGGCCAUGAUCUGUCUGUUGGGAGUAUCCUCGGCAUGUUUAUGAUUCUAGCUGGGCUCUACCUUUUCCUAUGGGGAAAAAGAAAAGAAUCGGUGCCUCUGGGUGAAGAAAACCUGAAGGAACAAAUGCAAUUUCAAAGUGGAGACGAGAACAAGAAAUCGGUAUCAAACGUAUGA